AUGUCCUCCCCCCCUGCCUCCUCCCCCCCAUCCACAACCCCCUCCACCUCCCACAAACGCCGCAUCUCCCUCCCGCCCCCAGGCCCCCCCACCUCCUCCAAGAAACCCAAACUCCCCACGCGCAAGAACAGCACGCUCCACACCCCCACAACCAACAAGCACCUCCACCCCCUCCGCCAGACCUCCUUCCCCCCCGAAUCCGAGAUCGACCGCCGCCGCUCCCCCAGCGUCCUCACCGCCACCGGCGGCGCCGCAAGCCAAACCACAAACAACAACAACGAGGACGACGAGGACGACGGCCGGGACGACUACGGCACCACCACAGUCCUCGCGGACGGCAGCGCCGGUGGCUUUGCCGAGGACGACGCCGAGAAGCGCAAGCUGGCGAUCCUCCUCGACUCGUUUGACGCGGACCAGAACCGCCGCUACGAAGCCUUCCGCCGGUCCAACCUCAACAAAGCUGCCGUCAAGAAGCUGGCCAACCAGGUGCUCUCGCAGUCGGUCACAGCCAACGUCGGCACCGUGAUCUGCGGAUUCUCAAAGGUCUUCACGGGCGAGAUCAUUGAGCUCGCGCUGCAGAUACAGCGGCAGUGGGGCGAUCAGGGGCCGCUGCUGCCGGACCAUCUCAGGGAGGCGGCGAGGAGGUAUAAGGUUGAGAUGGCGGGCAGUAUGGGUUUCCGUGGCGCGGUCGGGGGUGGCUCGCCGAGUGCUGCUGGGGCGGGGCCUGGUGCAGGGGGUGACGGGCCUGGGGCGGGCGUGGGGAGGCUGUUUAGAUGA